UUCACCAAAUAAAAAAAACAAAAAGCUAGGUUACAGAAAAUGAGCAACCUCCGCAAAUUGAUGCACUAGCUUCUGUGUUUCAUAUCACUUGUGCGUUUUGUGCUGCAUCUCUUGUCUGAAAAUGGGCCACGGAGGAUAUAACAAGCGCAAACCGCCGGCGAAUAAUCGGCGGCCCAAAGGCGCCACCGCUGCCAUUGACAAGCCCAAGCCCAGUAAGUCCAAGUCGUCUGGCUCUCUCAAGAACCAAAUUCGAUCCACCGAGCGUUUUCUCCGUAAGGAUCUUCCUGCCGAUGUUAGAGAGGUCCAAGAAAAGAAGUUAGAAGAGCUCAAGAAGCAGAUAGAACUUCAGACACGUUUGGUUAAUGAACGGAAAACAUUUUUGCUGGAUAGAAAAAAAAAGUUUUUCGAGAGGAGGAAAAUUGAACGGAGAAUGAGACGUCUGGAAAAACAGCAUCGUAUUUCAGCAGGACAGACCCAAGAAGCUGAGAUAUCUGAUCAGCUUUUAAAACUGAAAGAGGACCUUGAAUAUGUUAGGUUCUUUCCUAAAAAGGAAAAAUAUGUACCUCUGUUCAUGGGGGGUGAUGAUACGGAAACUGUUGAUAGGCGGAAUGUUUUGCGGAAGCAGAUCAAGGCAAAUAUAAUUGCUGCUGCAGCAAGUGGGAAAGAUUUAGAAGAGACUGGGAGUGAGGAUGAUGGUCAUUUGGAUCCAAGUGAAGAUGACUUCUUUUUAAUUGGAAGCUCCAGUGAUGAAGCUGAUGCAGAUGAUGAAUGGACAGAUAAAAGCACAAGGGAACAAGCUUCUAGUACUUCUGGCAAAGCUGCAUCUGGGAUGUCAAGUGAUGAGAAAACUCAGCGGCAGUUAUCUGCUCGUGCUUUAAUGCCUCCACCUGGGCCAUCUAAAAGGUUAAGUUCAGUUAAUGUAAAGCCCAGGUUUGAAGGCUCAUCAAGCAAGAAACCAUUCACACGCAGGCCUGAAGAUUUCGCCUUGUCAAAUAGCAUGAGCGGAUCAUCCUUUAGAAACGAUGGAUACUCAAAUUUACAUGCUGGCAAUAGGAGCAAUCCGAGUUUAAAUUUUAGAAAUAGGGCAAUUUCAAAUCCACGCACUGACAACAAUUUCAGUGGCAACUCUGGUGUCCGGAGAAACACAAUUUCACUUACAAGCAACAGUAGCAAUUUGAGUUCCAACUCUGAUGCUCGAAAACCGCGAAGAAAGAGACGGCCCAAGAAGAAAAAAGAGCAGGCAUGAAUGAGGGAAUCUGCGAAUACCGGACAAAAUGAAAAGAAAUGCUGACACCGGAUUUCUUUGGAAGGAUUAUGAAGCUUACUUUUAAUUAUAUAGGGAAAAUUGGAGAAGUCAUCGACACUGACACUAAUGCUCCAUGCAAAUUGAAAAUUUUGGAGCUACGUUUUUGUUUAAUCCGCUAUCACUUCAUAUUGUAAAAUUACAUAUUUUCAUGGGCUAGUCAAGGAUUGACUGCUUUGUUUGUGGGAUUAACUCAAUUAUUAUUAUUGUUUAUUUUUGUUAUUAUUAUGAAUAGAUUUGUAAGAUGUAAUGAUUUAUAAUUGUUAGAUGAAGUGUUGUGUGAUUGUGAA